AUGAUAUUUCAUUUGCAUAAGCAAAUACAAAUUAUUUCCCAGUAUUACCGAUUGAAGACUGCUAUUUUAAAAACGUUACAGUAUUCUUUAGAUUUUAGGUUUUACAAAUUUUUAGGACAUAAUAAGUCGGGAAUUUAUGAAAUUCAGCCUAAAAGUAGCGUCAAACCCAUUUUUGUCCUGUGCGACAUGGUAACCAAAGGUGGAGGAUGGACUGUAAUUCAAAAAAGGUUCGAUGGAUCAGAAGACUUUUUCCGUGAGUGGCGAGAUUAUAAAUUUGGCUUUGGAAAUCUUCAUCGAGAGUUCUGGAUUGGACUCGAAAACAUUUAUGAACUUACAGGAUUCCAAGUAAGCGAAUUGUUAGUAGAAAUAACAGACAGAGACAAAAUUAAAGCCUACGCGAACUAUAACAGAUUUGGAAUAGGUCCGGAAACAGACGGAUAUCCUUUAAGUAUCCUUGCAGGAUUUUCUGGAGACGCUGGAGACUCUUUAACGCCACACUUAUCUUCUAAGUUUUCUACAAAGGAUAUAAAUCAGGACAGACAUGCAAUCCAUUGCGCUCAGGUAUAUCUUGGUGGAUGGUGGUACGCAGGCUGUCACGUAAGCAACAACCUGAAUGGAAAAUUCAUCAACAUGGCUCUUCCUGAAGCAUAUAAGUUCAAGGGUCUCCAUUGGUUGGGAUUCAGAGGACACGAGUACUGCCAUGCUGGAUCGAGAAUGUUAGUCAGACCAGUUCAGUCCUAAAUUACUGUAGAAUAUUUGAUCAGCUAAUCAAAAGCUUGUUUCAUGUUAUGUUCACUUUUGUAUAUUAUUGUAUUAUGGUAAAUAAAGAAAACUCUAAAAGAUUUAUCUUAUUUUUGAAAUGAAACAUACGGAGUGGCCCAAAAGUCUGGAAACGGCGAAUUAUCUCGUAAAUUGCUAAUCCUAAUUGUACAAAAUUU